AUUUCGCUUUCACAUUCGUUAGUUGUUCCUCCAACAAAAUAAACCUCCAUAAUAAUUAUCGAUGUCUGCCAGUGUUUAUAAAAAUCAAUUCAACACUACUUUAUUUAAAACACUUAAAAAAUGUGUCGUCUCAGUAAAAUUUGAUAUUUAAAAUUUAAAGUAAAAAAAAAGUAAUUACAACACAACCUAAAAAAAAUUGAAUUUGAGAAGAAAGAAAUACACAUUGCCGACUUCGACCACCAAAGUCCUUUCUUUUUUUUUUGUUGUUUCUUUUUUGGAUCGUCGUCGUCCAAUAAUACAAAAAAAAAAUUCUAUUUCUAUUCUAUUUAUUUAGAUUUUGUUGUCGUCGCACCUCUGUGAUAAGUGAUUUCUUGUUUUUCUAAUAUUUUUUCUAAUUUUUUCUGUUAAAUUAUUUUAUUUAUAUUUUGUGUGUUUUUCAUUCAUUGUAAUGAAUUUUGUAAUAAAAAUAAAUUGAUCCUAAAUAAGUCUAGAACCUGACCAAGAAUCGUCAAAAAAAAGGAAAUUGCAACUCCCCGGAAGGAUCGGCAUUUUGGAUUAAAUAAAACACAAAAAAAAGAAAACAAAAACCAUGGAAUCGGCGGGCAAAAAACGUGUUUAUAAGAUUGUUCUAACUGGUGGACCAUGUGGAGGAAAAACUACCGGACAGUCAAGGCUAUGCACCUUCUUCGAAAACCUGGGAUGGAAGGUAUUCCGUGUGCCUGAAACGGCUACUGUGCUUCUCAGUGGCGGCGUCAAAUUCUCGGACCUAACAGAUAAAGAAGCUUAUAAGUUUCAAGAGAAUCUUAUCCGUACCAUGAUACAAAUUGAAAAUACUUACUUUGAAGUUGGUAAUUCAUGCAAUCGAAACUGUUUGAUCAUAUGUGAUCGUGGUGUUAUGGAUGCAAGCGCAUAUAUCUCAAAGGAAAAAUGGGAAAAAAUGAUGGCCGCUAACAAUUGGAAUUCAAUUGAACUACGAGAUAAUCGUUAUAAUCAAAUUCUUCAUUUAGUAUCAGCUGCUAAUGGUGCUGAAGAAUUUUAUACAACAGAAGAUCAUGCUUGCCGUUCAGAAGGUGUUGAAAUGGCUAGAGAAUUGGACUAUAAAUCAGCAGCGGCAUGGGUCGGGCACCCAUAUUUCGAUGUCAUCGAUAAUUCAACAGAUUUUGAAUCAAAAAUGAAUCGUUCCAUUGAAGCUGUAUGCCAAAAACUCGGUAUCGAUAUUGGUGAUCGUCUAAAGACCAGCUCAAGGAAACUUAAACUUCUAGUCGGAAGCCUACCACCAGAUUCCGAAUUUCCACCGUAUCAAGACUUUGAUGUCGUACAUCAUUAUCUACAAUCCUCAGGACCAAAAGUACAAGCAAGGUUACGUAAACGUGGCCAAAAGAACCACUGGAGUUACAUCCAUACCAUUCGUCGGCCACACCUCCACGGGCAGGCUGUUGAGGUAAAAACCCAACUAACCCAUCGAGACUAUAUGAAUUUAUUGGCUCAGCGCGACUAUACUCAUUUUACAAUCUACAAGAAGCGUCGCUGUUUUCUAAUCAACAAUCAGUACUUUCAACUUGACAUUUAUAGAGAGCCAAGUCAUCCAAGGUGCAAAGGACUUGUACUAUUGGAAACUUACUCAUCAUUGUCAGGUGAUGCUUUAAAGAACUGCAUGCCAAAAUUCUUAAAUAUAGUCAAAGAGGUAACCGGCGAUCCAGAUUACUCCAUGUUUAAUUUAUCGCUGAAAGAAGAUUGGAGCGUUACCAAGAAAUUUUGUCAUUCAUUGCAUGACCAAGGCACGGAAGCUUCUAGAAAAACUAAAAAAACAAAUGGAGUAUCGAAUACACAAUUGAUAGUUAACGGUCAUGCAAAGGGUUAAUUUUAAAUUAAUAAUAUUAUAAUAUGUAUAUUUUACUAUGAUUAUUAUUAUUAUUAAAAUUAUUAUACGUAGCAAACUUCUUUAGUGAAAUGCAAAAAUUUAAAAAAAAAACCAUCAAAUAUAAUAUCUAAUAAUAAUAAAACAACAUCUUAAAAAUUUAUUGUUAGCAUAUAUUUAUUAUACCUUGAUACAAAAAAAAAAUAAAAUAAAAAAAUUAAACAAUUUAGUAUAACACUUCUGAGGUUAUGUUAUAUUUUAAACUGAUUUUCUUGGCUGAUUUAUAUUUUUAUCUAAAUUAUAAUUAUUAUUUAGACCAAAUAAAUGCCUUUUUUUUGGAAAAAAGAAAUACAUGAUUCUAGAGCUUUUUUUGCUAGUUUUGUUUUAUUAUUGUUUCUUUUCUUCUAACUAUUUUAACUGAAGUACUUAUAUUUUGAAAUAUAAGAAAAUUCUUCUUAAUGUGAUUGCUCUCUCAAAAUUGAACUUAAAAUUAUGUAUUUUGUCCUUCAUAAAUAUACUACACACGACUAUAUACACACUUAUGAUGAUUUGAGUACUUAAUAAAUGAUAUAAAUAUUGUAUAUUGCAAUCAUUUUUAAUUAAAAAUAAAAUUUAUUAUAAUAAAUUAUAAUGAGAAAGAUAACUUAUUAUUCUCUUGUAUUAUUUAUAUUACCUACUUACUGUAUACAAUAAUAACUAAUAAAAUAAACAAUAAAAGAAAAAUAAAAAAAUUAGACAUUUUUAGUCAAAAAAUAUUAUUAUUGUUUUUAAGAAUAAACUAAUAAAAAGAAAAAAAAA